GCAGCUACCACACACACACACCACGCUCACCUGGCUUACAGCACACCCAGCUCAACAGCAUACAACACACCCAGUGUACAGGUAUAUACACCUGGUUGGUGGCACACCUGUGGAAAGCUGGCAUCACUCUGACCUGGGAAGCACGCUGAAGCUGAGGGGAGACAUGGAGGUGGGAAGCUCGAUGCUGGACGACAUGGCGAGGCUGCAGCUCCGAUUCCUCGAGAAGAGGUUGGAGCAAGAAGCACAAGAUGAGGACGAUGUUCCUGAUGAUUCAAGUCGACCCGAAAGCCCAGAGCCAGGAGCUCCGGUGGCACGAAGGGCACUGCACAGUGCACUACAGCGGCGCUCCGAGCUCCUCCGUGACUUGCGAGAUCACGAGAUGCUGCGGGAGAUGCCCCGGCCACGCACGUGGGGCGGAGGCUCCGGCUACCGGCGCUACCGCAGCCUGGAGCCGCUGGAGAUGCCCUACUCCCAGUUCCAUCCGAUGGAGGCUCACGAGCAUAUGGGCUACCACCCUCCGCCGCAGCAGCAGCAGCAGCCGCAGCAGCAGCAGAUCCUGUACCAUCACACGCAGGAGUCGAUGCCUCCUGAGCAUCAGCAGCCACGCAUCAUCCACCAAACGAUGCCCGGACCUCCAGCCACAAUCAUCCAGCAGCUCCCACCGCAGCAGCCGCUCAUCCACCACAUCGCAGCCGCCUUGCCGGCACAGGCCCCGCCACAACAGCGCGGCAGCAUCAAGGAAGACAUGGUGGAGAUGAUGAUGUUCCAGAACGUGCAGAUGCACCAGAUAAUCAUGCACAACAUGAUGCUCAACGCCUUUCAGCCGCACGGUCUGGGCCCCCCUUCGACACCGGCUGCCGCGCAGGAGCCCACCGUGCCGGCAAUGAGGUUCGACAAGCAGAGGCAGUCGUCGGUCCACCACCACCACUACCCGCCGCCGAUGCUGCCGCCCCUGCCCGCGAUGCCUCCGAUGCCCAUGUGGCCGGCGCCACCCAUGGCCCCACUACCGCCGCCACCGCAGCCACCGCCCCGGCCUCCGUCGGCGAAUCUCCCACCGAUAAUCCACCACACGAUGGGCGCGACGCGCAAUGUGGCUCCGACGCAUACUGUAGUAGACGCCAGGCCAUCCCACCACCUCCACCACCAAGCGCCACUGGGACUGUAGGCGCCAACGUCUUGCCAGCACAAGAAUAUUACGACUUCUCGCAAGAUUGACAGCAGCAACAGCAGCCCAAAUCACCAAGCCCAGAGUUGCCUCAAGCCUGCGACAGGGCGACGAUGCAACAGCGACGCACGCUGGCUCAGUGGCCGCCCCACGUGCAGCGGGACACUCGACAGCCGAACAUAAUCUCCGUCUUACCCUUGUUGUCAAACACACAUUCCACCUUGAUAAUAGUUUUUUUACCCUUCUAUCUGGCAACAAAACCGACACCUUUUUUACAAGGAGUCAUGUUUGCAUAGACCACAAUACCUGCAGUCAUAAUGCAAACAAAAAACAUAACUCUGAUAAUGUAUGCACUGUCCUUGAAGUUGAUUGGUCCACACCCGAGACAGCUUUCCUUAGAGCCUAGUCUCACAUGGUGUUGGACCAGAUGACGCCAAAAGGCGCACAACUCAAAGACAAUGCACCAUCAGAGUAUGAGAGCUCGGGGUAAGCAUUUACACCAUUGGAACCGCAUUUGCCAGUCAAAAAUAUGAUAAUUGUUGUUUUUGACCCUUCUAUCUGGCAACAAAACUGACACCUUUUUUUUUAUUCCACCUUGGCGCGAGUAAAACAAUGUCAAAACGUGCCCGCGCUGUGCGCGCCUGCAUGCGCGUGCGCAGACUUUACACAUGCCAACAACGUGCAGCUCUUCCCUGGGCCUUCCGCCAGCUGCUCGGCUCCACACAUUCCCGUUCAGCUGUAUUUUCUUCUCAUUUUUAUAACCCUCCUCAAUUUGCCCCAGUAUUAUUGUUGUUCUUCCCCACCUGGUACCUCUCCGUUAAUUGACAACGUACAUCCGUGCAGUUAUUAUUUAUCCCCGUCACCCAUCAUUACGCACCUCCGAUUAACACGGUUGGCUACGCAUGGUGCGAAAGAAGUUCAACAUGCGUACAUUCGACACUUUUUUUUCUUCCACGCGCCCUACAACUCUCCGUGAUUUGCCGACACGCCUGCCCGUUAUCCCUUAUUACUCACACUCGCCUCUUAUUAUAUCGGUCGCUAUAUUUGUAUGGAACACAAUUUUGCUAGGCUCACUCGCUCGAAACACAUUCCUGCAGAGGGAGCUGGUAGGAACGUUGGGUUGCUCGGGCAAUGGCCAGGGUCAACGGCGGCGUGGUGUAUUCCGCAAAUAUGGCCGACUGUGAGGGUGGGCACAAGCCGGCGUGAGUAGGUUAAACGUUGAGUUUUAUAAGGGCACCACGGGGUGAUCAGCCCCUCCCCACCCAGCCCCACCACCUCCCACCCCCCACCCAGCUCCACCCAGCCCCUCCCCACCCAGCCCCUCCCCACUCUCCCCACCCAGCCCCUCCCCACCCAGCCCUUCCCCACCCACCCCUCUCCACCCACCCCUCCCAUUUUUGGAUGCACGACGGACGGACACAAUAAUCCCCUGUGGGCUGGUAGAACCAGGUGGUUCCUACCGGUAUAAUCAUGAUAUCUAACGACCUACCUCGGAUGAGCUGAGAACAGAACGCUGCUGUCUGGCGGUAGUGACGCGCGGCGUCGGCUGCAUCACACAUUUGCCAAGAAUCACACCGACUGCGCACGUUUUCUCGGUUGUGCUGUUACGACUCUCUAAUGUGUUGUCCGGGCUGUAGCGCUGUGUGUUGUUUAGCACGGUGCCUGUGACGUUUCGCUCCUAAUGCACGUGCAGCAAUAUGGCAGACAAUGCCAAACAGCACGCGGUGCGUCUGGGAAAAAAACGCAUCUGAAAAUAACCCUUGUCGGGUUUUUAUAUCGUGAAAAUAUUCAAAAACCGUGUGGUUACCAACCGAUGCAACUUUUUCCAUAAAAAAAAGAUCACUUCAGGGAACGGAACUUUUUUUGCAAUAGGGUGGAUUGUCGACUCUGACUUUUCAAUUGCUCCGGAAAUUACCCAACCACUUAAUCGGCAUGUAUAUGUUGCGGGUUUGCUCUCCAACACACCAGUUAGUGCUAAAGUACUAAUUGGCACAUUUUGUUUAAGUGAUACACCUUUUUCGAUUUAAAGCUUUCGUGACUGCAGGGAUUCAUCUUCUUGGUUCUUUCGGUAAAGUCACGUAGAUA